AUGUUAGGGUUUAUCUCUACAUGGAAAAGGCAACAAAAGAAAGGAAUUGAAGAAACUGGUCCAUUAACAACCAAUCCAGAUCCAGGCUAUAGUUCGGAUGUUCUUUCUGAAACUGAAUAUUAUUUUGAAGAUGGGCUUCGAAAAGUGUAUCCCUAUUUUCACACAUUCACUUCUUAUGUGAAAGGACGUUGGUUAGGGAGAACAGUGUGGGAUGUCUUCACCAAAGAAUUUCAUGUUUCAACAGAAGAAAAUUUACUGCAAGAUAUCAAUAGUGGCUUACUUCGUGUCAAUGACAAAAUUGUCACUGCUGACUAUAAACUCAAAUUUAAUGACUUGCUGUCUCAUAGGAUACAUCGUCAUGAAAAUCCUGUUAUUGGCACAAAACUAGAGAUAAUUGAAGAUAAUGAACACGUUAUUGUUAUUAACAAACCAUCUUCAAUUCCAUGUCAUCCCUGUGGCCGAUAUCGCUACAAUUCCAUUGUCUUCAUCCUUGGGAAAGAAUAUGGCUACACUAACCUUCGAAAUAUUUACCGGCUGGACCGGCUGACCUCUGGGGUUUUGAUUUGUGCCAAGACUUCUGAAAAAACACGAGAAUUAGAAGACCAAAUUCUUAACAAGUCAGUUCAGAAAGAAUAUGUCUGUCGUGUCGUUGGAAAAUUUCCAGACGAAGUUGAAGUGGACCAACCAUUGGAAUGCAUUAACCAUAAAAUUUCUUUGUGGCAAGUUCGAGAAUCUGGCAAACCAAGCAAGACAUUGUUCAAACGGCUCAGUUACAAUGGCACAACCAGUGUUGUCCAAUGUUUUCCAUUGACUGGGCGAACUCAUCAAAUCCGGGUUCAUUUGCAAUAUUUAGGUCACCCAAUCAUAAAUGAUCCAUUAUACUCAGGAGAUUUCUGGGGCCCAGAAGCUGCAAAAGGAAAAAUAUUUAAAUGUGAAAUUGAUGAAAAAAAGGUUGGAGAAGAGGUUAUUAAGAACCACAACAUUGGUCUCUGGGAGAAAGGACCACACCCUCUUUUCCAGACACGCCUACAGCAAGUGAAAGAAGAAGCUGCAAGGAGAAAAGCAGCUGCUUCUACCAAUUUAGUCAAUAUAUCACAUGAAGAAGAAACUAAAUCUACCAAAGACGGAGACAGUCAUGAGGAAGCAACAGAACCUCCAUUGAAACGUUUCAAGACAAACGAUGAAGACAAAAUGGAGGAAUCACGUCCAAGCUUUGAUCUCCAAAAAUGGAUCCCCAAUGAGAAUUGCAUUCAUUGCAAGACAGAAUAUAUUGACCCACAGCCUAAAGAUUUGAUCAUGUAUUUACAUGCACUUAGCUAUAAGGGUCCUGACUGGAAAUAUCAAACAAGUUUACCUGAUUGGGCACAACCAAACUGGCAAGAAGAACACUAA